CCCAAACUUCGCAGAACCCAAUAACUCAGUGCUUUGUCCAUUGCUAUGGGUUCGGCAAUGGCGAAACCAGUAACCGCACCAUAUGGAACAUGGUCUUCUCCAAUAACGGAAGAAUCACUCCUCGAGACUACUGGUAUCGCUGAUGUGAUCGUUGAUCCCAUACAACACGUAGUCUAUCACCUGGAGAACAGACCUUCUGGGGGGGGUCGCACUGUCAUUGUCAAUACCCUCCUUGGCGACGACGGAGAUGUUUUUGGUGAAGGUUUCAGUGCGAGAACUGGUGUCAAUGAAUACGGAGGUGCUGCUGCUAUCGCAUACAACGGCACCAUCUAUUUCUCAAACGCGGAUGAUUCAAGAGUAUAUCGUGUCAAUAAACUUGCAGGCCUCGCGCCUGAAGCGAUUACUCCAGCAAACGAUUUUCACAAAUACGCCGACUUUGCAGUUCAUCCUAAGCACUACCAUCUAAUUGUGACGAUAUUCAGUCGUUCUCGACAAGAUGACCCCCGAGAAAUCGACAACUUCCUAUAUGUCAUUAACACGGAGACCAAGCAGACGUAUCCUUUAGUGGCUGGUGCAACCUUCUACUCUUCACCUGUCUUCUCUCCUGAUGGGACAAAAAUUGCAUGGGAAGAAUGGUACCGCCCUGAUAUGCCUUGGGAAGGAUCUCUUAUCUAUGCGGCCGAUGUCGCUCUCAGUGGUGAUAGUCUCGCUAUUAGUAAUGCUGUUCUUGUGGCAGGAGAAAGAACCCACGUCAGCGUUUCCUUCCCGUUGUGGGCCAACAACACUACUCUCAUAUUCACUAGUGACAAAGAUUCUGGUUACCAAAAUCCAUGGAAAUAUUCCACAAUAACAAAGACUGCCAAGUUGGCGCUAUCUGCUCCAGUACAGGAGGACUUUGGUGGACCAGCUUGGUACAUCGGUGUAUAUCCGUAUGCUUUCCUCGACCACACAGGUUCUACCGCAGUCUUCACAGCAUUUCGAGAUGGUCGUAACAUACUCUAUGUUGUUGAUCUCCAAAACGAGAAGGAACCAGAAGAAGUCGCUGUCCAACCUUCUCAGUUCGCUGUAAUUAGAUACGUUCGUCAGGCUUCUGCAGGUGCUGUCGCGUUUGUUGGACAGAAGAGCGAUGAAGCUGGAGGUGUAAUCUUGUGUACUAUCUCUGAAUCUGCGACGGGACCCUCAGGCCAGUGUGUUACACUCAAGUCUACCGGAUCUACUGCCCUGUCUUUCUCUCCGGGACUCAUUUCUCUGCCACAACCAUUCACAUUUCUGAGAGGUGAUGAGCCAAUUUAUGUCAUAUAUUACGGUCCAAAGAAUUCCGAGUAUGUGGCACCAAACGGUGAAAAACCCCCUUGUAUCCUCAAUAUCCAUGGAGGGCCUACUACAUUAGAAACACAAGCACUUAACUUGACGAAACAGUACUUCACAAGCCGUGGGUAUGCUUGGCUUGACGUGAACUUCUGCGGUUCGGCUGGAUACGGCCGCAAACAUAUAAAGCGACUUGAAGGGAUGUGGGGAAUCGCCGACGUUCAGGAUUGUGUUGACGCUGUCAAAAUCCUGGCUUCAACCCAUAACAAUUAUAUUGAUGUGAACCGUGUUGCCGUGCGAGGCGGCUCUUCGGGUGGUUACAGUGCCCUGGCCGCCAUGUCUAUUGCCCCAGAUGUCACCUUCUUUGCGACAUGCCUAUGCGAAUGUGGUAUUUCCAACCUGAAGCAACUUACCAAAGUUACUGACAAGAUGGAGUUGCAUUAUAUGGAGAAACUCCUCGGAGGGACUGUGAACGAGGUUCCGGAGGUAUACGAAGCUAGGUCACCAUAUUUUCAUGUUGAGAAAAUGAAGAGACCUGUGUUGAUAUUGCAUGGUGCCGAAGACGAGAAUGUCCCUGUAGAUCAGGCUAAGUAUAUGGCGAAGAAAAUAGCGGAAAUAGGAGGUGCGGAUCGUGUCGAGUAUCACGAGUUCGCAGGGGAGGGGCAUGGAUGGCGCAAGGCUGAAACUAAGAAGCUGGCACUGAUUUACGAGCGUGAGUGGUACGAAAAAAGGGUUUUGCCUGCAUCGAAAUGAGCAAUCGAGCAACCGUACCUGUCACGUCCGUCAUCUUCUGUCUGGCUGUAAUCCGUCAAUGCGAAAGUUUCCUGUGGAGCAUUCUGCCGCUGAAUGGAACGCCGGGAGGUAGAAGCGUGUCUGACAGUAUCAGCAACCCAAAACACAUCAUACUGGUACUGGUAGUCUUCAAAUUUCAGACUCAUUAAUAGCUGUACUCCAGAACAGCGUGCCAUAGUAAGACGCACCGUUAGAAGUAGUAACAGUCUCCUGUGGG